CAAGCUAAGACCGUGAUCCCCAAUGAGAGACCCCUCAUCUUGCCAUCCUCACCAUUCCCCGGGGAGGUAGGGGGCCGUUCAUCAAUGAUACGUCAUGUGACUGCCCAUCCAUCUUCCGAUGAAAGAAACCAGUAUAUAAAGUGAGGCGAGGUGUCAUAUCGUGAUAAUCAUUAGUCACUGUUCUUCUUCACCUAUGUAACCUAUCGGAGUAUACCCACCCUAGUCUCCUUUUGUCAAGUACCUAUAGGAUACAGGAUAUCAACAUCCAUCAUGACUUCCGAAAUCCAGAAGAACCUCGUCGAGAAGAACGCCGAGUACGCCCGCACCUUUGAUCAGGGCGACCUGGCUCUCCCGCCAGCGAAACAUUACCUAGUUGUCACAUGUAUGGAUGCCCGUGUCGACCCUGCGGCAGCAUUCGGUAUCUCGCUGGGGGAUGCCCACGUCAUUCGCAACGCAGGUGCAAGCGCAAAGGACGCCCAGCGGUCCAUCAUAAUCUCGCAGCAGCUCCUAGGCACGCGUGAGAUCUUACUGGUAAAGCACACGGGGUGUGGCAUGCUUACUUUUACGAAUGACGAUGCGCACGCACUUGUCAAGCAGAAUCUCGGCCCAACGGCCGCGGCUGAGCUAGGGCCCCUUGACUUCUUGCCAUUCGCUGAGGUUGAGGCUGCCGUAGAGGAGGACGUGGGGUUCUUGAAGAGGUCGGCUACAGUCCCGGAGGAUGUGAAGAUCAGUGGGUGGGUCUACGAGGUUGAGACGGGCAGGGUAAGACAAGUCGUUUGAGGUUUUGAUUCAGCAAUGUGAUGCUCUAUGAAUGAGAUUGUUGCGAGCGAGAUGUUUUUACGAGAUACUGUGGCAUUCAAGGGAAUAUUAUCGUUUAGUUAUCUAUGUCUAUGAGCUGUA